ACAUAGAGUGAGUCCUGCUCUGCCAGCCAACCUGCCAACAGCUGCAUCGAAGUGCUCUUGUGUGUGCAAAAGUCGUGGAACCCCCGGAGCCCUCCGCAGUGCACCCUCAGCAGCUGCGACACGCAACAUCACCAUUGGGCGUGCACAAUAGACAUCACCACUGCGAUGCCUCCCAAACCAUCAUCAAUAGCCCUCGCGCUACCACCAAGAUUCCUGUGUCCAGCAAUAUCCCGCCAGUUCAUCCGCACCAUACGUUCGAUAGCACCUCCAAAGAAAGUACACAAAUUCAAUCAUGGCAAGAAUCUACCAACGCUCCAAGCAAGUGCCAAAGCCGCUUUCGAGAGGAGAAAACACAACUUCCCGCUUCGCACAGGCGCGAUAGCAAUCAAGAAGGGCAUGACCGGCAUAUACAAUCCUACGACAGCAAAACGCGAAGCCUGCACAGUGCUACAGUUGGAUAGAUGCCAGGUCAUCAGUCACAAACGACGGGAGAUACAUGGCUACUGGGCUGUCCAGGUUGGCUUUGGAACAAAAGAGGCACGAAACGUGACGCGGCCUGAAAGAGGGCAUUUCGCAGCACAAGGAGUACCGAUCAAGAAAGAAGUCGCCGAGUUUCGCGUGAAGAACGAGGAAGGCCUACCGAAAGUCGGAUCGGUCAUUUCAGCCGAUUUGUUUCAAGAAGGACAAUACAUCGACGCACGCGGUGUGACACGCGGUAUGGGUUUUGCAGGUGGCAUGAAGCGGUGGGGAUUCGGCGGUCAGCCUGCCUCGCACGGUACCAGUUUGACGCAUCGUGCGAUGGGUUCUGCCGGUGCCUCGCAAGGUUCUGGUUCGAGGGUUCUACCCGGAAAGAAGAUGGCUGGACGCAUGGGAGCGGAAAGACAUACGGUUCAAAACCUCAAAGUCAUGAAAGUUGACCCGGAGAAUGGCAUUGUGGUCGUUCACGGCGCGGUUCCUGGCCCUCGAAAUUCGAUUGUCAAGAUUCAGGACGCGAUCAAGAAAGACUGGCCAGAUGUGGACCCCAAUGUUGGAAUUUCUACUUGGAUCAGACAAGGCGAAACUCCGGCACCUCCUCCAAUGGAGGCAUGAACCAGCACAUGGAAUUCGCAGCGCAGCAGCAACAGGUUGGACAAAAAUAAACCCAACAUUGUGGAGCAAAUCCCAUAGGAAGCGAGCCGGCUUCCAAGCGAAUGUGUAGCGAAAUCUGCAAUGCAUGCCACAAGAAAUUCAAGCCACGGCCGAAGCGGCCCACCGGUAUCGAGCCAGGAUCAUUUUCACUUGCCGCGCGACAGCCGCGAAGGAAAGCUGUAAACGCGUAUGAAAUACGACCCGCG